AUGCAGAAUGGCAGUGAGGGCGUCAACUGUCUGGGCAGCCCCCAUGCAGAGACUGCAUGCUCACUGAGAUGGAAUGUUCUCGCUGAGAGCAUGAGUCUCGCUCUUCUCCACUUGCGGACCGCCUUCAUUGAAGGCAGCCACGCGCUCACGUUUCUCCUCUCUCAGGAGAGUGAAACAGCAGAUAACAUUUCACGUGAUGAUUUUUUUGGCAGCACCCAAGGGAGUCCUUCGCGCAGUCGGACGUGCAGCCGGGAACGAUCCACGUCACGCUCCAGCUCCAGGUCUUCCAAAUCCUCUCGCUCCAGAUCCCGAUCUCGCUCCUACUCCAGAUCUCGCUCUCGUUCUCGCUCCUACUCCAGAUCCCGCUCUCGUUCUCGCUCCUACUCCAGAUCUCGCUCUCGGUAUCCCAAAAAAAUAUCUGCUUUGACAUUGUUGUUGAACACAUUUUUGACACUCUCCCGGAGGAGCAGGAGUCACUCCAGAUCCAGGUCCCGAAGUCGCUCCCGCUCCAGAUCUCGCUCCAGAUCACGAUCUCCAGACAAGCGUCGUGACGCUGCAAAUUCACGCGAACCGACACCAGCGAGCAGGAGUCACUCCAGAUCCAGGUCCCGAAGUCGCUCCCGCUCCAGAUCUCGCUCCAGAUCACGAUCUCCAGACAAGCGUUGUGACGCUGCAAAAUCACGCAGUCCGACACCAGCGAGCAGAAGUCACUCCAGAUCCAGGUCCCAAAGUCGCUCUCGCUCCAGAUCACGAUCUCCAGACAAGCGUUGUGAUGCUGCAAAAUCACGCAGUCCGACACCAGCGAGCAGGAGUCACUCCAGAUCCAGGUCCCGAAGUCUCUCCCGCUCCAGAUCUCGCUCCAGAUCACGAUCUCCAGACAAGCGUCGUGACGCUGCAAAAUCACGCAGUCCAACACCAGCCUCCACAUCUGGUUUGGGUUCAGGCCCUGCUGGGUCUGACCCACAGGAUCCCUCCAGCACAGAGUGAUCACCCAUUACACAUGGUCUGUAUUUUUACUGUAGAUGUCAUAAAGCAGUUUUUCACAUUUGUUUGGACGUUUUAUCUUGCCCUUGGUUCCUUUUUGUAGUAAAAUGUAUCCAAGCAUCAUACUGUAACGCAGUGGUGUCAGUGUCAUUGCAAGCGUUUCCUUUGAUUAAUCUGAGACUCUGUUCAAGCAAAAUAGACACUUUAAAAAGGGC